UUGUUCCCCGCUGUUUGAUUAGCCUGAUAAACUCUGCCUGCUCGUGUGUACACUCUUAAACUUCAGAUAGCUGCAACUGCUGUUCUCCUAACUACCAGGGAACGGAGGAGGAAGCCCAGUUCUGUAAAAAAAUUAGAGCAACAGGAGAAUUCGAAGCCGAGAUGAUGAUCACCGUGGUUGUGCUGUCGCUGGUCGGCGCCACCCUCGCCCUGCCACCGAGGGAUGGAGGGAACCACUGGGCGGUGGUGGUAGCGGGGUCCAACGGAUGGGGGAACUACAGGCACCAGGCCGAUGCCUGCCACGCCUACCAGAUCCUCCACCGUAACGGCAUCCCGGAUGACAGGAUCAUCGUCAUGAUGUAUGAUGAUAUCGCUAACAACGAGGAAAAUCCCACCCCUGGUAUCAUCAUCAACAGGCCCAAUGGCACAGAUGUGUACAAGGGGGUUCCCAAGGACUACAACAAGGAGGAUGUGACUCCAGACAACUUCCUGAAUGUUCUGAAGGGAAACAAGGAGGCCAUGGCGGGGAUUGGGAGUGGGAAGGUUCUUCAGAGUGGACCAGAAGACAACGUAUUUGUGUUUUUCACUGACCACGGAGCACCCAACCUGAUAGCUUUUCCUGAGUCAGAGCUCCAUGCGAAGGACAUGAUGGAAGCUCUGCAGUACAUGCACGACAACAACAUGUAUAAGAACCUGGUGUUCUAUCUGGAGGCCUGUGAGUCUGGUUCCAUGUUCCACAGACACCUACCUGACAACAUCAACAUUUUUGCGACCAGUGCAGCCAAUCCCCACGAGUCGUCCUACGCCUGUUAUUUUGAUGAGAAACGGGAGACAUACCUCGGCGACCUGUACAGUGUGAAGUGGAUGGAGGACUCGGACACGGAGGACCUGAGGAAGGAAACUCUGCAGCGACAGUUCAAGAUUGUGCGACGAGAGACAAACACUAGCCAUGUGCGCGAGUAUGGAGACAUGAGCAUGAAGAACAUGACCCUGUUGCAGUUCCAGGGAGGCAAGGUUGAUGUGCCACUCACCCACCUCCCACCCUACCCUGAAGUGCCUCUGGAUGCUGUUCCUGCACCUGAUGUGAAACUCGCUGUCCUUCAGCACCGCCUGAAGGCCGCCAGGACUGAGGAGGAACGGUCAGAGAUCACCGACCAGAUCAAACAGGAGUUUGCUGAUCGUAAGAUGAUCCAGACAACGGUGGAUACCAUUGUGCGGAAGGUGGCGGUGGACUCAGACCAGGCGGAUCAGGUGCUGAAGGAUCGUACCAGGGACCUGACCGCCCACGACUGCUACAAGCGCGCCGUCACUCACUUCCGCCGGCGCUGUUUCCUCUUCAAUGUGUAUGAGCAUGCCUUGCGUCACCUGUACACCCUGGUGAACCUGUGUGAGGAGGGACUACCUGUGGACAGGAUCACAGGGGUCAUGGAUCAGGUGUGCAUCGCUCGGAACUGAGGACACUUAUCCUCAAGGUCAAUGUUGGAUAUGCAGGACACGUUUUACAUUUUACUUAUAUUUUUUAUCAUUUUUAACACAUACACCGAGAACUGAGUGCACCACAUAAAUUUUGAACAGAGAAUGCUUCAAUUUUUGUUAAUGACCACUUUUAAUGUUUUUAAAUACAUAUCAAGAUUUUUGCAGUCAAAACUGAUUAGCAGGAUAAUAGGGUUUUUACACAACCAGUAAAGACUUCCGUAAGCAUGUCUUUACUAGUUGUGCGAAAAGAAACCCCCCAAUAUCCUAUUUCUACCAACCUAAUAAAAUUAUUUUAGGUAAUUGAUUAGCAGAUGUUUGAAUCAUAUGAUCACUAUUGUUACUACUUACAAAAUACUACAAAUUUCAAAUGUUGAUGACUACUUUAUGAAUAUCGCUGCAAAUUUUCUUAUCCUUGUCAUCUUUUGCUGAUUUUAUGCCAUAUAUGAUUAUACUAUGUUAGACAUUUUUGUAUCACUUACCUUCAGCUGCAGUGUUACACCAGACCUUACAUGUACAUGUUUGUGAGGCUCUAUGGUUUUUAGCAUAAUUGUCAAGUUUUUGAAGGAGCUGCAGACAUAGGCAUUUGCCUUUCAAAGAGCUGUGCUAUUUAAAGAUAUGUUUGUGCCACAUUUUUAACAGAUUUCUAUUAUUAAAAAAUUCAAAACUUUUAAUGUCAAUUUAAUCUUUAGGUGGCACUUUUUGGUGGAAAUUGUACUUGACGGAAAUGAACAUGUUAAUUACUGUUAAGGCCAC